UAAACGUAUCAAAUUCUCGGUGUAAAAGGGAUCAGUGGAACACGGUGUAACGUUGUGUGUCCUAAUUGAAAAACAGGCUAUGUCAGAGAAAAAAAAUUAAUUGAUCUUUGAUGCACACUAUUAUGCUUGACAUGUAUAACUGCGAAUGAAGUGAAGAGAAAGCGACGAAUGAAAAUGAUGACCAACAUGGAAAAAUCCAGAUCAAUGGAGAUUCAAUUAAAAACUGAAAAACAAUUGAGCGAAGAUAUAGUAGAUUUCUCAGAAGCUGCAGAAAAACUGACGGAAGGUCUUUUGAGUAUUUAUCAAUCUCCACUGGAACAAGUUAAACAGGAACUUUUCGAGCUGACUAAUAAACAAGAAGCUCUAUUUGCACGAAUGCAGCUUGAGAAUAAAAGGAUAUAUGAGACAUUUGAAGAUAUAGAUUUAAAUGAUAUGUUUUCAGCCGUUAAAAUUUAUCAAGGAAAAUUAACAGUGAUAAGAAAAGAAAUGAUUAAUAUUCAUGAAAGAACGUCUAAACUAAAGAAACGCGUGUUGCGUCUUCAACAGAUUAAGAAAAAAGAAUCAAUGAAUAGGGAACAACAACGUGAACAAGAAUUGCGCAAGGAACAAGAAUUAAUUGGAAAAUCUACAACUAAUUAAAAAAGUAUAAAUCUGUAUAAACCGAUAAAUUUUUACAAAUUAUUUCUAUAAGAGAAAUAUGACUAUGUUUCCACCGAGAGUCAAAGUCGGAUCAAAGUCGGGUUCAGUUGAGUGCUUUUACGGAAACAUUAAGAAUCCUAUCCGAUAAAAUUUUAAGGUAGUUAUCAGAUUCCUUUUUACAAUUUCGGACAACAUUUUGAUUAGUCAAAGAGCAGCCGCCAUAUUCAAGAUGCAUCCUUGAGAAUGAAAUACCUUAUAUUCUCGUAUCAUGGUGUAACUCUGCCACAACUCUGAUUGGUGGAAACAGACAAGCCAACUUAACUCUAAAUCCAACUCUGACUAGAGAGGAACCUGAGAGUAGGCAUCCCAGCCUUUUUUAUGUAACAAACCUCGUAGAGUAAUGUAUACGUUUUUGUGGUUCUCUUCCAUACUAUUAAGUGGGUUAGACAAGGACGGAUAAUCAACUUUGAUUGCUCUCAAGUUUCUCUCUGCUCUGACCUGAUUUUGACCCGAUUCAAACCCUCGGUAGAAAUUAGACAUAUGGGUACCUAUCAUGGAACAAA